AUGCUGGUGCCAAGCUGUCGGACGAUGCGUGUAGUCAGGCCAGUGGUGGUGCUCCUGUGCUUGCUACUCUAUGCUGAUGCUGAAACACCACCAAAGUUUACAAGAACUCCCGUUGACCAAACAGGGGUUUCUGGAGGAGUCGCCUCAUUCAUCUGUCAAGCUACAGGAGAUCCAAGACCUAAAAUUGUCUGGAACAAAAAGGGAAAGAAAGUCAGCAAUCAGAGAUUUGAGGUGAUAGAAUUUGAUGAUGGAUCUGGAUCAGUUCUCAGAAUACAACCACUACGCACGCCACGAGAUGAAGCUAUUUAUGAAUGUGUGGCUUCCAACAGUGUUGGCGAAAUAAGUGUAUCCACGAGACUCACUGUUUUACGUGAGGAUCAAAUUCCCCGAGGUUUCCCCACCAUUGAUAUGGGUCCACAGCUGAAGGUGGUUGAACGAACUCGUACAGCUACCAUGCUGUGUGCAGCCAGUGGCAAUCCUGAUCCCGAAAUAACUUGGUUCAAAGAUUUCUUACCUGUUGAUACAAGCAACAACAACGGCCGCAUCAAGCAGUUACGCUCAGGUGCCCUCCAAAUUGAACUGAGUGAAGAAUCUGACCAAGGCAAAUAUGAGUGUGUUGCAACCAACAGUGCGGGUACACGCUAUUCUGCCCCUGCCAAUCUAUAUGUCAGAGUUCGACGGGUCCCACCGAGGUUCUCUAUCCCCCCCACCAAUCAUGAGAUCAUGCCUGGCGGGAGUGUAAAUAUCACGUGUGUUGCGGUGGGGUCACCAAUGCCAUAUGUGAAAUGGAUGCUAGGAGCAGAAGAUUUGACACCUGAGGAUGAUAUGCCAAUAGGGAGGAACGUCCUUGAGCUUAAUGAUGUCAGGCAGUCUGCAAACUAUACUUGUGUUGCUAUGUCUACUCUUGGUGUUAUAGAAGCAAUAGCGCAGAUAACUGUCAAAGCCUUACCCAAACCUCCUGGAACACCUGUGGUGACAGAAAGCACAGCAACAAGCAUAACAUUGACUUGGGAUUCUGGAAACCCUGAGCCAGUUUCUUACUACAUAAUCCAACACAAACCCAAAAACUUGGAGGAGCCAUAUAAAGAAAUUGAUGGGGUGGCCACAACACGUUAUAGCGUGGCUGGCCUAAGCCCAUAUUCAGAGUAUGAAUUUCGGGUAGUUGCUGUAAAUAACAUUGGGCGAGGGCCACCCAGUGAGCCUGUGUCAACAAGGACUUCAGAGCAAGCACCUUCAAGUGCACCACGCAAUGUGCAGGCCCGUAUGUUGAGCUCUACCACCAUUUUGGUACAGUGGGAAGAACCUGAGGAACCUAAUGGACAAAUACAAGGUUACAGAGUUUAUUACACCAUGGACCCUACUCAACAUGUCAACAGCUGGAUGAAGCACAAUGUGGCUGACAGCCAUAUUACCACUAUUGGGAAUCUGGUACCCCAGAAGACAUACUCUGUGAAGGUUCUUGCUUUUACUUCUGUUGGGGAUGGACCACUUUCUGGUGACAUUCAAGUCAUCACUCAAACAGGAGUGCCUGGUCAGCCAUUGAACUUCAAAGCAGAACCUGAGUCUGAAACGAGCAUAUUACUUUCCUGGACACCUCCACGCUCUGAUACCAUUUCCAGCUAUGAACUGGUUUACAAAGAUGGGGAGCAUGGGGAGGAGCAACGGGUUUCCACUGAACCUACUACAUCUUAUCGCCUGCAAGGCUUAAGGCCAAACAGCUUGUACUUAUUCCGUCUAGCUGCACGUUCUCCUCAAGGCCUGGGUGCUUCGACAGCAGAAAUCUCAGCAAGAACCAUGCAGUCAAAGCCAUCAGCUCCUCCUCAAGACAUUAGUUGCACAAGCCCCAGCUCCACUAGCAUUUUGGUAAGUUGGAAACCUCCACCGGUGGAAAAACAGAACGGCAUUAUCACUGAAUACUCCAUCAAGUACAUUGGGAUUGAUGGAGAAGAUGUCAAGCCCCAUGAAAUUUUGGGAAUAUCCUCGGACAGUACCCAAUACCUUUUGGAACAGCUGGAAAAAUGGACUGAGUACCGGAUCUCUGUGACUGCCCACACUGAUGUUGGACCUGGCCCAGAGAGCUUAGCAGUAUUGAUUCGGACAGAUGAAGAUGUUCCUAGUGGUCCUCCUCGCAAAGUCGAGGUAGAGGCUGUCAACUCUACUGCUGUUAAAGUGUCAUGGCGCUCGCCUGUACCCAAUAAGCAGCACGGUCAGAUCCGAGGAUACCAGGUCCACUAUGUGAGGAUGGAAAAUGGAGAGCCAAAGGGUCAGCCCAUGCUGAAGGACAUCAUGCUGUCUGAUGCACAGGAAAUGAUAAUUUCCGGGCUUCAGCCUGAAACUACAUACUCCUUCACUGUGACAGCCUAUACAACAAAAGGUGAUGGAGCACGCAGCAAACCCAAACUCUUAUCUACUACUGGUGCAGUUCCAGGCAAACCUCGGCUUGUGAUUAGCCACACACAGAUGAACACGGCUCUAAUUCAGUGGCACCCUCCUGUGGACACUUUUGGCCCGCUGCAGGGUUAUCGCCUGAAGUUUGGUCGCAAAGACGUGGAUACAUUUACGACCAUGGAGUUCUCAGAGAAAGAAGAUCACUUCACGGCCACAGACAUUCACAAAGGAGCUUCUUACAUCUUCAGGCUCUCAGCUAGAAAUAAAGUGGGCUUUGGGGAGGAGAUGGUUAAAGAGAUUUCUGUUCCUGAAGAGGUACCCAGUGGAUUUCCCCAAAAUCUCCACUCAGAAAGCUCUACUUCUACAUCAGUUCAAUUAACUUGGCAGAUGCCACUCUUGGCAGAGAGAAAUGGCAUUAUCACCAAAUAUACCAUCUUGUACAGAGAUAUCAAUGUUGCUUACCAGCCAGUUGAACUCCCUGUUGUUCCUGCUGAUACCACUAUGACACUUUCUGGCUUAAAACCAGAUACCACAUAUGAUGUAAAAGUACGUGCCCACACAAGCAAAGGGCCUGGUCCAUAUAGUCCAAGUGUCCAGUUCAGGACACUACCCGUGGAUCAAGUGUUUGCAAAAAAUUUUCAUGUUAAAGCAGUAAUGAAGACUUCUGUUUUGCUGUCCUGGGAAAUUCCAGAAAAUUACAAUUCAGCCUUGCCUUUCAAAAUCCUUUAUGAUGAUGGGAAAAUGGUCGUGGAGGUUGAUGGACGUGCUACUCAAAAGUUGAUCACUAACUUGAAGCCAGAGACAUCAUAUUCAUUUGUGCUGACAAACAGAGGGAAUAGUGCUGGAGGUCUUCAGCAUAGAGUGACAGCAAAGACUGCACCAGAUGUGCUUCGCACCAAGCCAGUCUUCAUUGGAAAGACCAACUUGGACGGCAUGAUAACUGUGGAACUUCCAGAAGUACCUUCAAAUGAGAAUAUAAAAGGUUAUUACAUAGUUAUUGUGCCUUUGAAGAGGUCUCGUGGAAAAUUCAUCAAACCAUGGGAGAGUCCAGAUGAAAUGGAACUAGAUGAGCUGCUUAAGGAGAUAGCCAGGAAACGCAGAAGCAUUCGUCUUGUGAGGGAAGUUGAAUUAAAGCCAUAUAUUGCAGCUCACUUCGAAGUUCUUCCUACGGAGUUCACGUUGGGGGAUAAGAAGCAUUACGGUGGCUUUGAGAAUAAGCAACUGCAGAGUGGUCAAGAAUAUGUAUUCUUUGUGUUGGCUGUAAUGGAGCACUCAGAAUCUACCAUGUAUGCAACCAGCCCAUAUUCUGAUCCUGUUGUGUCGAUGGAUCUUGAUCCCCAACCAAUUACAGAUGAGGAAGAAGGCUUGAUUUGGGUUGUUGGACCAGUUCUUGCAGUCGUGUUUAUCAUCUGUAUUGUUAUUGCUAUACUUCUUUAUAAAAGGAAGAGGGCUGAAUCUGAUUCUAGAAAGAGCAGCAUACCCAACAGCAAAGAGAUCCCCUCUCACCAUCCCACAGACCCAGUGGAGCUGCGACGCCUUAAUUUUCAAACUCCGGGUAUGGCCAGUCAUCCCCCAAUACCUAUCUUGGAACUUGCAGAUCACAUUGAAAGGUUGAAAGCAAAUGAUAAUUUGAAGUUCUCACAGGAAUAUGAGUCUAUUGAUCCUGGUCAGCAGUUCACAUGGGAACACUCUAACCUGGAAGUAAACAAACCAAAGAAUAGAUAUGCAAAUGUAAUUGCAUAUGACCAUUCUCGUGUUCUACUCUCAGCAAUAGAAGGUAUACCAGGCAGUGACUAUAUCAAUGCCAACUACAUAGAUGGAUACAGAAAGCAGAAUGCUUAUAUAGCAACGCAAGGGGCAUUGCCGGAAACCUUUGGUGACUUCUGGAGAAUGAUGUGGGAGCAACGGGGUGCAACUGUCGUCAUGAUGACAAAACUAGAGGAGAGGUCUAGGGUGAAGUGUGAUCAAUACUGGCCAAGCAGAGGCACAGAAACUUAUGGACUAAUCCAAGUGACCCUUUUAGACACUGUUGAAUUGGCAACAUACUGUGUUCGUACAUUUGCACUUUACAAGAAUGGCUCAAGUGAGAAAAGGGAAGUGAGGCAAUUCCAGUUCACUGCCUGGCCUGACCAUGGUGUCCCAGAACAUCCAACACCGUUCUUAGCUUUCCUGCGACGAGUCAAGACCUGCAACCCACCUGAUGCUGGACCUAUGGUUGUACAUUGCAGUGCUGGCGUCGGCAGGACUGGCUGUUUCAUUGUGAUAGAUGCCAUGUUAGAGAGAAUAAAGCAUGAAAAGACUGUAGAUAUUUAUGGCCACGUAACUCUAAUGAGAGCACAGAGGAAUUACAUGGUUCAAACUGAGGACCAAUACAUCUUUAUCCAUGAUGCACUGCUGGAAGCAGUGACAUGUGGAAAUACUGAAGUGCCAGCCAGAAACCUGUAUGCAUAUAUCCAGAAGCUGACACAGAUAGAAACAGGCGAGAACGUCACAGGAAUGGAACUGGAAUUUAAGCGUCUUGCUAGCUCUAAGGCUCACACUUCAAGAUUCAUCAGUGCCAAUCUUCCAUGUAAUAAAUUCAAAAAUCGCCUUGUCAAUAUUAUGCCAUAUGAGUCUACAAGGGUAUGCUUGCAGCCAAUCCGAGGAGUAGAAGGCUCUGAUUAUAUUAAUGCCAGUUUCAUUGAUGGAUACAGACAACAGAAAGCUUACAUAGCUACACAGGGUCCUUUAGCAGAAACAACUGAAGAUUUCUGGAGAAUGCUCUGGGAGCAUAAUUCUACAAUUGUGGUCAUGCUCACUAAGCUAAGAGAAAUGGGCAGAGAAAAAUGCCACCAGUACUGGCCUGCAGAGCGCUCAGCCAGGUAUCAAUAUUUUGUGGUAGAUCCAAUGGCAGAGUACAACAUGCCACAGUAUAUUCUGAGGGAAUUCAAGGUUACAGAUGCAAGGGAUGGCCAGUCCCGAACAGUGAGACAGUUCCAGUUCACUGACUGGCCAGAACAAGGAGUGCCAAAGUCUGGGGAAGGAUUUAUUGACUUCAUAGGCCAAGUGCAUAAAACAAAAGAGCAGUUUGGUCAGGAUGGACCAAUUUCUGUUCAUUGCAGUGCGGGUGUUGGAAGGACUGGAGUAUUCAUAACCCUGAGCAUUGUGUUAGAAAGAAUGAGAUAUGAAGGUGUUGUAGAUAUCUUCCAGACUGUCAAAAUGUUAAGGACGCAGCGGCCAGCCAUGGUACAGACAGAGGAUCAAUACCAGUUCUGCUAUCGAGCCGCACUGGAAUAUCUGGGCAGCUUUGAUCACUAUGCAACAUAAAAACCCAUCGUGGAUUUUUAUUGCAGGCCCUUUAAGAUCCAGAGAGCCGCUUCUGAGCCAUAUGAUGUGCUUUAGAAGUACUUCUUAACUCUUAGCUAAGGAGCGAUUAUUGGGGAUAUAUAAAAUAAAAAACAAACAAACAAAAAUAAUGGGGAUAUAUAAAACAAAAACAACAAAAAACCCUAUUCCAUGUGGACCAAGAAUUCACAGUUUAAUAACCUAACCAUAAUAAAAGAAUCCUGACCACUGAGGCGUCUGAAGGAUCUCAUUUACAGAUACCUCAAGGGUUCAACAUUGGUUGAAGUUAAAGGGAAGAGGAAAUUAAUCAGAAAGAAUGAUCAUCUUGUUCAGGAUUGCAUGCUUCUGCAAAGAGGAAUUUUGAGAGAACUGCAGUUCAGUGCAAGAUGUGUGUUAAAAGAUUGGGUCCUGGCUUCUCAAACAAAGCGGACUCUUUACUUCAACAUCAUCCCUUCCCAUCAUAAUGCUCAUGUUAACACUUUAGGGAAAAUGUGGGAAUGUUUAAAAAGAAAGUCCUUGAUUUAGUUUUUUAGUAUUGUAAAGAUACUGCUGACCUGUGCUUCAUUUUUAACUGUGUAAACUUUUUCCUUUUUUUAACAAGAGAUUAUCAUUCAAUGAAGUGAAUUAAAGAAAAGGUUGCAU